AUGGCGAAAAACGCUGCUCCCAUGGGCGAAGAUGCCUUUGAGACUAUGCUCCGGAAGGAGACGGCGUCGGUAGAGCAGAAGCUGGCAGCAGAACGGGCACAGGCACAUGCAGAGUCACAGCAACGGAAUGCAGACUUGCUCUCGCAAAACUCGACCCUCCCUGUAACGCUCUCUUCAAUUCAAAUCCACGGCGCAAAGUACACCCGGCGCUCCUUUCUCAACCCGCUGCUCGAGCCCAUUCUACAAUCUAGCGCCCAAAAUGCGAACUACACCUUGUCGGAUAUGCUGCAGGAGGUCACCGAGGUGGUCUCCAAACUUCAGAAAUUCGAUAUCUUCAAAGACCAGAUCCACCUGCACCUAUCCCAGCCGCCGCACCUCGACCCUUCCACCACGCCGACCGACUUCGAAGUCUCUCUGAGAGUGAGGGAGAAAUCGAGAUUGUUCCUCAAGACGGGCACAGAUGUAGGCAACACGGAGGGUUCGGGAUACGGAACAUUGCUGUGGAGGAAUAUUUUCGGCGGAGCAGAACUCUUAUCGUUGAACGCAUCGAUUGGUACGAGGACGAGGUCUGCUUACAGCGCGGAUUUCUCUACGCCGCUCUUCAGCAACCCUGAUUUGAGGCUGAGUUUUGAUGGUAUUAUGAGCAGCACGCAGAAGCCAUGGGCAAGCCAUGAGGAGGCCGUCAAAGGUGGGGGAGUUAAGCUUGGAUGGCUGAACCAGAGCGGCGACAAAUACCAUGUGGGAUACUCAGGCUUAUGGCGCCAGGUCACUGGUCUGCACGAUCGCGCGAGUCCUACAAUACGAGGUGACGCAGGGGACUCAGUAAAAUCAGCACUGUCAACUUCAUUCCUACGCGACCGGAGGGACAACCCAAUGCUGCCGCAAAGCGGCUACCUCUUCCGCACUGCCUCGGAGCUUGCAGGUUGGGGUAGUCUAGGUGGCGAUGUGGCGUUUUCAAAGUCCGAGAUGGAAGUAGCCGGCGCUGUUCCGAUCCCGAUUCCUGGAGUGAAGGGGUUCUCGGGGGUUUCAUUCGGUGCCGGUUUAAGGGCUGGGCUGCUGUACCCGCUGCCUCACAGUUAUGGGUUACAUGGCGCAAAACCAAGUCGUGUGAACGACCGGUUUACUCUCGGCGGUCCAACCGAUGUACGAGGCUUCACACUCGGCGGACUGGGGCCGCGGGACGGCGUUGAUUCGCUCGGAGGAGAUGUAUUCGCAGCAGGCAGUAUGAACUUGCUGCUCCCUCUCCCGCGGGUUGGAGCCGAGAGCCCCUUCAGACUUCAAUUCUUUGCCAACGGCGGCCGGUGUGUGGCGAUGAAGAACAAGACGAAAACGCAUUCACCCGUGGGUGAGGGGCUGAAAGCUGGCACGGUAUGGGACGGCAUGAUUACGGCUUCGAAGGACCUGGCAACAGGUCUGCCCAGUCUUUCAGCGGGUGUUGGGUUGAUCUAUGCGCAUCCCGCUGCAAGAUUCGAACUGAACUUCAGCCUGCCGUUGGUUCUGCGCCGUGGCGAGGAGGCGCGCAAAGGGCUUACUGUCGGUGUUGGCAUCAACUUUCUCUGA